UCAAAAAAGGCCGAAUCUUUGUUCGCAACGUAUGUGUUCGUGCAUGCGUGUCACAAAUUGACUGAUUGGAACGCAUUGACCGCAUUCACUAACGUCGGAGCGUUUUAUCGAGAAUGCGAUAGACUCGGCCGUUCCUUUUUUGUCCGCUAAGCUAAAGCAGUACACUAAAAGCUCGUCGCGAUCAUCUUGUUGUGAUCGCCCGUGAGGAGGAUCUCGUAAUAAACAAGCCGUCGCGUAAUCUCCCCUCGCUCCGAAACGUUUUCCCGCCGCGUGUGUGUGUCAUUAUUAUAAAAGCGAGCUUCACAACUAUCCUAGCUCCCCUCGUCGUUGAAACAAACGUCUAAUCGAGCUGUUCCGAUUCGCUCGUUCGACCGUGCUCAAUUCCCCUUCGCAGCGCCACGCGAACUGUAAUCUCACAAUUAAAUUCAUUUCGUCCUCCGUAUAUUCAAAUUCGCACUCGAACGUUAUUCGCACGUCCGCACACGCACGCGUAUUGCUCGCGAUCGUCGUUAUCAUUCACAUUAAUAAGCACCAAUGCUUCCUUCGCGAGUGAGAAGGUGAGAUCUCGCUCUUACCAUUCGCAGUCGCACUCUCGAGCAAAUACACCCUACGAACUCUUGAAAUUUUUCAGGAAAAUCGAUUCGUCGCGUCGCGAGAAACUCUCGCGAAUUCGAGCCACUGUGAAGUUCGAAGCACGACGCGAGUGCUCUGCCCGCGGGUUCGUCUUCUUCGACGCGAAGAACCGAGUCACACGAGUCUCUCCGCGAGACGCGAAGAGACGAGAGUGAAUUCUUGGCGGAAUCGAGCGCACUUGCGGAAAAGUACGAGUCGCGAAUAAGAGCGACGUAGUGCGAUCUUACGCCACGUCGAAGACGUGUCGUCGAGAGAGCUGAUAGACGUUCACCAUCGUGUCUCCGCAGGGUCAUGGCUGUGAAAGAGUGGUUCAGGAGGCUGCAGCCGGUCCAGCUGUACCUGGUGCUGUUCUUCACCACGACUUUCUUCCUCGUCGAGAUCGUCGCCAGUCACGUGACUCAUUCGCUGACCCUGCUCCUCAACGCGUACCACAUGCUCUGCAACAUCGUGGCGCUAAUUGGCUGCAUCGCGUCGAUCAAGUACACCUAUCGGGAGAAGUACAGUAGCAACUGCAGUUCUUUGAGGAACUCGGCCAUCUGCAUCAAUGGCGAGGAACAGGGCUCCGCCACGUCGUUGUCGACGAAGACGAAGGAAUCGUGGUCAGACAGACGAAUGAAAAACACCUUCGGGUGGGCCAGAAUCGACAUCGUCACUAUGCUCGUCUGCUUCGUCUUCCUCGCCUCUUUUUGCUUCUCCAUACUGAUGGAGGCGUUCCAGACGUUAGUACACAUUGAUCACCUGGACGAGAUGCAUCACCCGUUGCCGGUGUUGUGUAUCGGCGCUUCCGGGGUUCUUCUGAACGUCGUCUGUUACAUCCUGAUCGGCGGGUUCACGUUCAACCAGGGUAUCUUCCUGCACGUCACCAAAAGCGGAGACGUGAUACUGUGCAGAAACGUGAGUUCGCAAGAGGCGAAGGACGGAGAGCAACAGUUGUCGGCACAGACAAGGCGAAGUCCGUUGGCGUUACCGAAAAGCCAAGGCUUUCGAGAAAUGUGUCGCGAUAUUUUCGGCUGCAUAUUUGUCAUUCUGGUGUCUAUCUUAGUCUAUUUCACCGACUCCGGAGUGGCCAAAUACAUUGACCCAGUCUUCGCCAUUAUCUCGUCGAUUUCCUUGUUUGUUCUGUGUUACCCAUAUAUGAAAGAAUCGGGCAUGAUUCUGUUGCAGACAAUUCCGAAUCAUAUAAACAUUGAUUCUCUCAAGAGAGAAUUGUUGGAAGCUUUUCCGGGUAUCGUAAACGUUCACGAUUUACACGUUUGGCAAUUGGCAGGGGACAAAAUAAUCUCCACGGCACAUGUAAUAUUCUUGGAUCCGAAGGUUUACGCCAGUAUCAAGGAUCAAGUCACUGCCUUCUUCGUCGAGAUGGGCAUCACGCAGGUCACCGUACAGCCGGAGUUUCACAAGAUGAAACCGCAUAUGGACAGGACCGAUUGUCUAAUUCGUUGUCAGGACGAGCACUGCAGUUCCUCGCAGUGUUGUUCGCGCGAGAACUUUUUGGAUGAAGACACCUGCAAGUCGGAGAAAGACUCACAGUCGAUUAGCAGGAGGUACGAGAAGAAGGAGAUAAUACCGGCCUCGUCCACGAUCAAUCUCGAGAGAUUCACCGUUUACAAGGAGGAAGUCCCGAAGCAAUUAACGAGCGAUACAACACUCGAGAUGUCAGGCCAUGACAGUUCGUCGUGUGAGAACACACGUCGUCCAGCUGAUCAAGACAGAGACCAAAAUACUCGAGAUAUCGAUACUGACAAUAGUUCCUGUAAAAUGAGUGAUAACACCCCCGUUCGGACUCCCGUGGCUGUCGGCAGCAAUUUGGGUCACGACGUCGUAUCUUAACUCGUUCCUCACUGAGCUGUUACGACAGAAUAGUUUUCUAUCGAGGCUGGAAACGGUUAAAGUGGCCCGGCGUGAAGACUGCAAGCUAAUAAUAUAAUAAUAUUAAGUAUUGCAAUAUUUGUACAUACACUCAUACAUAUAAAGCGCGAAAUUCGUCCUAAUAGAUAUUAAUUAGCGUCUGACGGUUUCGCGAAUCGCAAGCGGUAACGCGCGCCGCUUAUCUCGUAUGAGCGUCGAUACUGCGCCUUCGUGCGAAAGUUCAUAAUUCCUCUGGUACGAGAAAACGUUCUUCGGGAAAACGAAAGUUGCAGAGCAUGCUACUCUCUGGUAAGGUCUGCGUAAGUUAAUGCGACCUCGUUACGUUUUCCAGUGUAUUAUGACGCCCUAUUAAUAGUCGUUUAUUAAUAGUCGUUCGUUGAUCGCCAAGUGAUUUCACGACGUAUCAAUUUUUCGUUAAUAUUACUAUUGUUCAUAGUAUGAAUAAACGAUGUAUCAGAAUUUUAUUUUAUACGA